AUGGAAGAAAUUCCGGGAGAGACAAGAAAGUUUCUAACACCGGAACAAAAAAUGUGCGAGGAUCAUUUUGUGGCAAAUACAAAACUUUUGCCUAUAGGUCGGUUUGAGGUAAAAUUGCCAUUUAAAUCUUCGCCGAAUUCACUUGGUUCGUCGUUUGAAGCAGCCAAAAGUCGAUUCCUUGCACUUCAGAGAAAAAUUUCAAGAAAUAAUGAUUUGAGAGCAAAGUACAUGGAUUUCAUGAAUGAAUAUCUAUCAUUGGGACAUAUGUCACCAACGAAUAAUGAGAUUCCCAAAUUCCCACACUAUUUCAUUCCACAUCAGCGUGUCUUGCGAACGCAAAGCACAAGUACUAAGCUUCGUGUAGUUUUUGAUGCAUCAUGUAAAACGCCUACUCAAGUUUCUCUGAAUGACAUCUUGAUGGUUGGGCCAACCAUUCAAGAGGAGCUGUUUUCGACAUUGCUCCGUUUUCGCACUCAUAAAUAUGCCAUUACGGCUAAUAUUGCGAAAAUGUACCGGCAAGUUCUCAUUGCUGAAGAGCAUUCGAUUUACCAGCUCAUAGUGUGGAGGCAGAAUCCCUCUCAACCUUUACAAUAUUUUCGCCUUAACACUGUUACGUAUGGCACUUCUCCAGUACCAUUUUUAGCAAUACGGUGUUUGAAGAUGUUGGGCCAUAUCUCCAAAGAUUCAUACCCUACGGGGUCAAAAAUUGUUCAAAACGAUUUUUAUGUGGACGAUCUUUUAACUGGUGCCGAUGAAAUUGAAACCUUAAAAACUAUUCAAUAUGAAAUGGAAGAAGUAUUGAAACAGGGUGGAUUUCAGUUGGCUGAAUGGUAUUCAAACCAUCCAGAAUUGUACAAUGCUGAAAGUACAGAAAAAUCCAUAAAAUUUAAUGACUCAGACCGUACAAAAACUUUGGGAAUUUGUUGGCAGCCGAAAAAAGAUACAUUUUCUUUCAAUCUGGAAGAUACUUUCCAUGAUCUAAAAACCACCAAACGAAAUAUUCUUUCAGUUUCUGCUCGUCUGUUUGACCCUCUUGGUCUACUAUGCCCCAUCGUUACCAAAGCAAAAAUCUUAUUGCAAGAGCUUUGGAUUGCAAAACUUGAUUGGGAUGAGUCGAUUCCAUUGCGCCUUGAUACUUGUUGGCAAAACUUCAAAGCAAAUCUUUCUCAGUUCUCCGAGAUAAAAAUAUCAAGGUUUGUCGAAACCCAUUCGAAGUCAAAAAUUCAAAUUCAUGGGUUCGCCGAUGCAUCGAUGAGAGCUUAUGGAUGUUGCAUUUAUAUCCGAAGUCAAAGUACGGCAGAUAUCAAGUCGACGCUAUUAACUGCAAAGUCCAAAGUGGCUCCUUUAAAAACUAAAUCGCUUCCGCGAUUAGAACUUUGCGCAGCGCAUACUCUUUUUAAAUUAUGGUUAAGAGUAUCGGCAAUGUUGAAUCUUGACGAUGACCAAAUUGUUUUUUGGACCGACUCUGAAAUAACGUUGCAUUGGAUAAAAACCCAUCCAACUUCACUUACAACUUUUGUAGCAAACAGAGUUUCAGAAAUCCAAGAGUGGACAAAUAAUGUAUCAUGGAAACAUGGUCCAACAAAUCAAAAUCCAGCAGACAUUGUGUCUAGAGGAUGUAACGUCGAUGAGCUCAAUAGUUCAAUAUGGUUUAAUGGACCGCCAUUCUUACUAGAAGACCCAAAAUUAUGGCCAGUCAAUUCGCAUUUCGAGUUGUCUCCAGAGAAUGAAGCUUUAGAAAAGCGAAAAACAAAUGUUGCUCUUGUAGCAGUUGAAAAUUGCCGUACGAAACUCAUGGAGCUUAUUGAAGAAGAAACGUCGUAUAUAGAAUUAGUUAUAACAUUUGUACGUGUAAUGCGUUUCUUUGCAGUUUUAAAAGAUAAAACAAAGGUAUUUGAAGAAUCACCCACGGCAGAAGAGUUGCAUUUAGCAUUUAGAAUUAGUUACAACAUUUGUACAUGA